CGUUAUUUCUCGGGCUGCCAGCGGUACUGUAAACUUCACUUCUGCAUCGAACAGUCCAUACAGUACAUACAUGUCAACGCGCAAUGUCGUCCAUCAAGACCAUCCAGACUCCCAACGCUCCCGCUGCCAUUGGGCCUUACUCCCAGGCUGUAGUCGCGAACGGCUUCCUUUACACUGCCGGACAGCUUGGUUUUGAUCCGAAGAAGAUGGACUUUGUAGCAGGAGGUAUCAAAGAACAAACGGAGCAGGCUUUGAAGAACUUGAAGGCCAUUUUGGAGGCUGCUGGCACCUCUGUAGACAAGGUGGUCAAGACAACCGUUUUCCUCAAGGACAUGAACGAUUUCAACGCGAUGAACGAAGAGUACACAAAGGCGUUUGGAUCUGCUAGGCCUGCUCGUUCAGCUGUGCAAGCGGCCCGUUUACCUCGCGACGCAUUGGUAGAGAUUGAGGCAGUCGCUCUUGUCUAAGGGUAUACCUGCUCGGCGUCUUUUUUCGGUCCGGCAGAAUCUUGGGUUACGGACGUAAAAAUCAUUCAUAGCGGCGUAGUAGGGUAGGGCGAGAUGGAGCUUGUGCUUGAACAUGGACAUAUAUCACCACGGCCAGGAUCUCCCGUGUGCAUAACAAAUGCUUGGAAAAACUAUGGUGUACAUGCAUUGCACAUACAAGCCGUGAAAACCCGCUAGACAAGCGCUUGUGUCCUGUCCCAUAUGAUAUUCAUUGGAUGAUUGAUGAUCCACCGCAAAAGGAUGUAUAGCAUUUGGAUAUCAAAAGAUAUAUUGAUGUAGAUAACAGAUGUCCGACAUGGAACAAUGACCAGGCCCACGGACGCAAGUAUUCAGACAGUAUCUGUUUCGACUGUCGUUGUUCCGGGACGUUGAGAUCGUUGGGACGUCGGUGUUCCGGGCGCGGACUCGGUCGAUUGUCGCAGCAGCCACAAACCCGCGGGAGUUCCUGGUGGUU